CUCCAACGUAGCGGUUUGGGCGCAUGCGCUAAGGGUUUAAGCAGCCGUUGUCAGGCAGGAAGUGACGUUUCUAAGAACAGGAGGGGCGAAGGCUCGCCCGGAAGUAGUGCCCGAUGGACAGGGCGAGUCGAGUGGCCGCGCUGGUCUUCGCCAGAACGUGCGGCGGGGCGUGAGGCGGAAAGAAAUGCUCCUUGGUGCAGCUGGCGGUGGAAUUGAGUGCAAUCGAUCUGCUUUAGUUCAUCCAAAUAAUGCCUCGCAGAAAAUCAAACCUAGGUCGUCGUACUCGCGGAGCAGAAGCGGUGCGACGGGUAAUUGCAAAUCAAACUGAGGAAGAACGGGCAUCAGCAAACGAGAGAAACAGACAAAGAAUGGCUCAAAAACGUGCCAAGGAAACUGCAGAGCAACGUGCAGCCAGACUUGAGGAUGCACGGUUGCGAGCACGGCGAUCGCGUUCUGCAGCUUUAAAUCGGCUUCGUUCUCAGCAGAAUGAACGCCACAGGCUGAGAGUGCCGGAAAGACUUCAACGCAAAACAGCAGAUCAGUAUCAAACACAACUCCGUGCUCAGCAAUCACGCGAUUGCCAUCGCCUUGCAUUCCAAUACAACCCAGCUGAUGAUUAUAGUUUGAGCUGGCAUAUUCUCAUCGGCACUGUGACUGAAGUGUGUCCUUAUUGCAAGGCUCUGAAAUUUAAUGCAGAAACAAAAGGAAUGUGUUGUGUCGCCAGAAAAAUUAAGCUACCUCAACUUGGAGAACCUCCAGAACAGGAGGUUUCAGGCAAACAUUACCUGUAAUUCCUCAAUCGACACCAGCGAAUGAAAUAAAUGCUUGCAUGAAA